AUGGCUAGGCCAUCGCGAGAGAAGGCAAAUCCAGCGCCAGUCGGUGAUCCAGCUCUUCGUGCUUAUCCAAAUCCCGUUCCAAACCCGCUGGUGCGUUGGGUGAAGUGCAAAAAGCUGGAGCACUACCGACUGCCUGAGUCACCAUCAGCCUCCUAUGUGCGACUGGGGCUCAGGCCUGAGUUGCUGCUGCGAUGGCCGGUAACGUUGAAUGACGCCGUUCGAUACAACAACCCGUUUGUCAAGAAGGAAGAGGCUACGAAUGCAGAACUCCAAGAUGGUGCGGAAGAGAAUUCGUUGGAUUCAAAUGACAUGCCACGUUCUGGGGCUGGCGGCAAUGAUCCUGCACUGCCGACAGCGCCUCACCAGCCAGGCUCCCCCGGCCGCCCAGGCUCGCUAGGCACCUGCAUCCAGGGCUUCGCCAAUAACGACACCACCUUCCAGCAGGCCGCGGCGGCUGGCGACCGGAUCGCCACACCCCCACUAUCAACACAGGCGCCUGACGGGGCGCUUGCCCCCAAUGACGAGCUCCCCAUCACCGCCAAACAGGCGCCGAAGCAUGGCCAGAGCAAAGCCGCCGUGGCGUCCAAGUGUGCCCCAGUCAAGCCCAGAAUCCGGCUGCAUAGUCCAGCUCAUCGGCAGCAACCUCAAGCCAGAUCCAUCCUCAAACCACAUCCAUCUUCCGGCAUCAGAAAGAGCCAUCCCAAACCAUCCCCUACGAAAGGCAGACACAAGUCCGUCACUGUCAAACUAGAGCCCGAAGUCCAGCACUUCCUCGACGAUUCUCCUGUCGCCUGUAAUUCCAACGAGGAGAAUGAACCUACCUCGCCUUCCUGCGACAGUUACUCUGUAGCCCACGACGACAGCGACGAGGCCGAAUUCGAGAUGUCCGACGCGCCUCUUCCACCCCCUGACAAGGCAAAGCGCCCAUCCCUGAAACUCAAGUUCCCCAGCAAGCCUGCAGUCUCUCAAGCUGGAGGAAUACAACCUGCACCGGUGCAGACCCCGGCGCCUCAGAGUGCAGUAAGGACGCCGUCCAUCAAGCUCAAACUCCCAGGCACAACCACCCCUCGGACAGGCCCUGAAGAGGCGCAAAACCCAAAGAGAAAGAAGAAGGACACAGAUACCGCCGCCGCAACUCCGGGGUCGUCCUCCAAGAAACGCAAACGUGAAUCACGCGCGGGCGAGGAAGAUGAUGAAGGCAAUCGGCCAGCACCAGCACCCCCAAAGCCUGCCGCAUUUCGAAAACUCACGUUCAAGAAAUCAUCCCAGCCUACCCCUGCGUCCGCACCCAAGCCCUCAGGGACAGCACACCUGGCUUUCAAAAUCAAGGGCAAGAUCCCCAAGCGCCCGUUGGGCGUGGGCUACGACUCGGAACUCGAGAGCGAAUAUCAGAACGAUAAGGGUGAGACGCUUGUUGGUCGCGAAGCCGAUCCAGUCAUACACGAAGGCUUUGUUCUUCGAAUGCAACCUGGAGAGGAUUGUGAUUACUUGAGAAAAGUGAUCGAGGAUGGGACAGCCGGUCAGGUCCUGACGAGAGGUGCACACGUCAACCUAAGGAUGCUCGAUACGCUAGGCAGGAGAGGUAUUCUACAGAUCAAGGACCACAAGUACGCUACCUCACUGGUCGAUCUCCCAUGCAUCGUUGAAGGAAUGAAAUCCUGGGACAAGAAAGGGUGGAUCAAGAGUAUAGACAUCUGCCAGAUGCUCUUGGUGCUUGGCCGCUGUAACAACGAGGAGGAAGCCAGGAAUUAUCCCCUACCCGAAGAUGUUGACCCCAAGACCUAUCAGUACGCUCAUGGCCUCACUGCCCCUAUGAAAUGGGUACGCAAGAGACGAUUUGCAAGAACAAAACGAGCGCGUGUGGAUGAUAUCGAAGCGGUUGAAAGGAGGGUUCAUGCUCUCCUCGAGGCGGACAAGGCAGCCCUGAGCUCCAAAUAUCAACUUCUGGACCAUGAUCCGCGUCUCGACGAACAAGGAUACAGCACCGAACUGGAAGAAGACGAAGAUGCUGAGGGUGAACCAGAGGAUUAUUUCGACAUACCACCCGGUGUGCAUGGUUCCAUUGUUGAAACACCGAUGCUCACCGAGACUCCUGUGCAGGAAGAGGUCGGCCAAGAGGAUCUCGAUGCACUAGAGCGUAUGUUCUUCGACGAGGAUGCUGCACCUGCCACAGACACAGCCGCACAAGCUCGAAGUACCUUACAUCCUCCAGAAGUGGGCGACUCGUCUUUCGCAGUAACAAGCACAUCAGCCUCUCCUUCGAUGACUGCUGCACACACCCCCGUUUCCGCAGAAGCGGCGGAAGCUUCUUCAGACGAGGAUGAAGACGAGGAUGGUGGGGAUGAGGAUGAAGACCGUGACGAUGCCGAAAAGGAAGGUGACGAAAACAAACGACAGGUCAUGGAGAGAAUCGAGGAUAUGCAGAACAAGAUUGCGGAGCAGAGAGAGCUGCUUAAGCAGACGACGAAUGCCAUCUUGAAGAAGAAAUUGGCGAGAAAGAUUCAAGAUCUGGAGGACGAUGUUGCCAUGAUGAGGAAGAAUGCCGGAUUGGGUGGGGAUGACGAUGAGGACUGAUUGAUCCAGGCCUUCAGGAGAAGGGACUAUGGAGAACAUGUGCUCGGGACCCUGACUGAGUAUUCAUGCCGCUUCUACGAACAUUCCACGUAGGAGGGUGAACCAAGCAAGAGCCAUGUUCCAUUCACACCAAUUCAUCCAGUGAAGACUCUGACCGUGGAGUCCGCAGCGACACCGACAUGACCCUUCUUCUUCUCGACACUGCAGCUCCUAGUGCAUAUGCACCCUAACCAGGAUUGAAGGUUGCCCAGGGUGGUGAUGCGCUUGGCAGUGAUGGCAAGGUUCUUGCGCAGCAUCAGGAUGGCAAUGGGCGGAACUGGAUCAAGUCGAUCUCGGUGGAGGAUGGCCCCGAGUCUCUUGGUGAUGUGGAUGAGCAAUGAUUGGGUCGAUCGAUUAUGCAUUGUAUUAACAUUGUCUAUCUUCAAAUAUCCUCCUGCCUCCUCGUUGGCUGUGUCCCGUGAUUGCCUUUCCACCACCUCGAUUCCCGGCUGGCAUUGUGAGCAAAUGUUUCCAGAGGCUGUCGAUGUUAUCCUUGUUCCUAUAUCAGCCCGCAAGCAAUCACGACGAACAAUCCAGAAGGGUGCCCAGGUUAGAUGAAUCAGAUAAGGGGGUGCCCCUUUCAGUGAGAACCACGAAGCUGUGAUGUACUGCCCCUCUAUAUGGGUGCUGCAUUAUUCCAAUCGAUAGUAGACGACCUUGUUGAGUGGCUUACGUUGCAGCCUCUUGUGGGAUUUUGAAAAACGGGCGAAGCUCAACACAUUACGUCUAGGGCAGAAAAAUCCAUGUUCG